UGGAGAAUGACGGAGAGAAAGCCUCGGAAACUCCAGGAAAAAAUCAAGGAAUUGCUGAAGGAGUUCCAAGACAUUCUUCCUGACGACCUACCGAACGAGCUACCGCCAUACCGCACACAUCAACAUGAGAUCGUGGAGGAACCAGGUUCGAAGCCGACCUUCCGAGCACCAUACCGGCUCAGCCCUACGGAGCUGACCGACAUGAAGAAGCAGAUCGAGUAUCUCCUAGCCAAAGGACUCAUCCGACCAUCUACUUCGCCAUACGGUGCCCCAGUACUCUUCACACCGAAACCGGACGGAAGCCUGCGCAUGUGCAUCGACUACCGAGCUCUUAACAAGCAGACCAUCAAGAACAAAUAUCCGAUACCGCGAAUCGAUGACCUGCUUGACCAGCUUCGGGGAGCUACGGUAUUUUCCAAACUGGAUCUGCGGUCCGGAUACUGGCAGAUACGGAUGGCGGACAACUCUAUCCACAAAACUGCUUUCCGAACUCGGUACGGAUCGUAUGAGUAUUUGGUCAUGCCGUUCGGACUCACCAACGCGCCGGCAACGUUCCAAGCCGAAAUGAACCACAUUCUACGACCACUUCUGGACGAAUGCGUGGUGGUGUACCUGGACGACAUACUCAUCUACUCGCGCGACAUGAAGCAGCACGUCGAUCACCUGCGACGCGUCUUCGAAAUUCUUCGACGAGAACGAUUCUACGUCAAACUAUCCAAGAGCGAAUUCGCCCUUGAAAAGGUCCAGUUCCUAGGACACCUGGUGAGCGCUCAAGGAGUUCACGUCGACCCCAAGAAAAUCGAAGCCGUACGUACGUGGAAGACACCCGAGAACGUGAAGGAGUUGCAGCAGUUCCUAGGCUUCGCUAAUUACUACAACAGGUUCGUGCCACAAUAUGCGAAAAUCGCAGCACCACUCACGAAUCUGCUGAAGAAGAACACGCCCUACAAAUGGGAACCAAAGCACCAAGAAGCCGUGGAGCAGCUGAAACAAGCACUAACAUCCGCACCGGUGCUCAUCUUGCCAGAUCCUGAACGUGACUACGUCAUUGAAGCAGAUGCCAGUGAUCAGGCCGUGGGUGCAGUCUUGAUGCAAGACCAAGGGAAUGGACUGCAACCCAUUGCCUACCUCAGCAAGAAACUGCACGGGGCAGAACUCAACUACCCGAUACACGACAAAGAGGCCCUUGCCAUUGUCAUCGCCUUCAAAGCGUGGAGAUGUUAUCUCGAAGGAUGCAGAACAACCGUCUACACCGACCACUGCAGCCUGAAAUAUUUGAAGACACAACCCAACCUUUCCAGGCGGCAGGUCCGGUGGAUCGACUUCCUCGAGACACACUUCCACUACGACAUCGUGUACAAGCCCGGCCACAAGAACAAAGCAGACGCGCUCAGCCGGCCUGCACACGUUGCCGCGAUUCAGGUCGAAGGGAUGAAUCCACUACUCAAGGGACUCUUCACCCACGGGUACGCCAUCGACCCCGAAAUUUCCUUGGCAGAAAAGCGACAUCUGCUACAGUGGGACAGUGACAUCGCGUACCGGAAAGGAUCAACAAAAAUCUGGGUACCCAAUUACCCUCCUUUGCGCCAGUUACUACUCGAAGAAUACCACGACGUCCUGUACGCCGGACACUUCGGUAGCAACAAGACGCUCACCGGUAUCGCCAAACACUACUACUGGCCCCAUAUGGCAGACGACGUCCAGAAAUUCGUCACCUCGUGUGAUACAUGUCAGCGGAUGAAGAGCAGCAAGCAGAAAAAGGCGGGACUACUGCAGCCUCUUCCUGUCCCAGAACAACCAUGGCAAGUGGUUAGCCUGGACUUCAUCACCGGGUUACCACCUACCUCCAGCGGUCAUGACGCCAUCCUUGUCGUCAUUGACAAGUUCUCCAAAAUGGGACACUUCAUCCCGACACACACGACGGCACGCACCGAGGAGACAGCACAGCUCUUCGUUCGUCACAUCAUCUCACAGCAUGGCAUCCCAACCACACUCAUUUCCGACCGAGACCCCAAGUUCACUAGCAAGUUCUGGAAGGAACUUAUGUCUCUGCUCGGCACCAAACUCGCCAUGUCCUCCGCAUACCAUCCGCAGACAGACGGACAGACCGAGCGCCUCAACCAAAUUGUUGAGCAACUCCUCCGAGCAGCCUGCAAGGACGACAUUUCCAAAUGGGACUUGCACCUGCCCGUACUCGAGUUUGCUUACAACAAUGCCACACAUGCCGCUACUGGACAGACGCCGUUCUUCCUCUGCUACGGACGCCACCCACUCACACCACAAAAACCGACAGCAUCAGCAACAGUACAACCUGCACACGACUUCAUCACAACCAUGCAUCAGCUUUGGGAUCGGACCCACAAGCGCCUCCUCGAUAUUCAACAGCAACAGAAGCGCCAAGCCGAUCGCCAUCGCAACGAUCACACCAUCACGGUGGGAGACCAGGUGCUUCUUGACACCCGCAACCUGGACAUCAGCCACCUCCCAUCUAAACUUCGACCUCGCUUCUGCGGACCUUUUCUCGUUGAAGCACAGGUCACUCCUGUUACCUUCCGCUUACGCCUGCCAGCUACCUGGAAGAUUCAUAACGCCUUCCAUGUCCAACUUCUGAAGCCCUAUCGAGAUCCUAACACGAUCUUCGUGGGACGUCAGCCGCCGCCGCCGCCGCCCGUCCUCGCCCAGAACGAACCCGAGUACGAGGUCGAGUCCGUGCUUGCACAUCGUCGUCGUCGGAAUGGCACCGUGGAGCUUCUCCUCCGUUGGAAGGGUUAUGAUCCUUCUGAGGACAGCUGGGUCUCUGAGACCGCCAUGGGUAACGCCCGUCGUCCUCUGCAUGACUACCUUGUCAAGCAGGGUGUUACUUCUACCACCCAGCUUUGCGGGGGGGAAGUGUGAGAGUACGACACCAUUACACCACUU